UUUUAACUGUGAUGGCUAAAGGAAAUCGCUCUUCAAAGAGACUGGCUGGUGAGCAAUCCCGAAGAGGAGACAAGCAGCCUCCAAUUUUAUCCUCUGGGGUUCCCUACAAAUACGAACCAGGGAGGAAAAACUUUAAAAGCAUCUAUGACUGCUACAAUCCUGUCAAUAAGAAGGGAAGUCUUCCAAUGUCUAGAUAUAAUGUGACUAUAUCUCAAAAUGUUAAGAAUAGCCUGAUUGAUUUUCCUACUAUUGGAAAUGGGAAUGUCUACCAUGGCAAGUAUGGCUCGAACAGUUCCAGCAAGGACAUUUCCUCCCGACAAAUAUACCAAAAUAGGAACGUACAUGAAAUUUCAGACUUGAUCAUGGACACUCUCAAUCGCAACCAGAAAAGGGAUUCUAAAACUGACCAGUUGAUCAUCUCAUCUAAGGCAAAGAAAGGACUGAAGGAUAGGGUUCAGCAAUUCAAUCAAUAUGGAACUAAGCUAACCUACUUUGCGAGCAAGGACCAUAGUAGGCAAAAGGAUUCUCUCUUCAACAUGAACCCAUUUGUAAAUAGGACUGCUGAUUCCACUUUAAAUAGCAGGCAAAGACCAAGUAUCCAGAAAAGAUAUAAAAAUAACAGUAAAAAGGCUCGAAAUACUAGAAGAACAGAUGGCAAAAUAAAUGAUUUUAGCCAGUACAAAAGGUACUCCAAGGCGACUUUGAUCGAUCAUAAUGACCUAAGCUCCUUAUCUAAAAGAAGAGACACAAAACCAUUCAAAAGAUUUGACACUCACGUCAACAACAGGAUAUACACCGGCAUCAUGAAUGACGACAGUGGCUCGCUCAACCCAAUCAACCUCAAAUCUGAAAAUUCCAAAGAAGGAGUAGUCUCCUUCAAGAACGAGCACCAAAACCUCUACUCCCCAAGCCUAGAGCAAGGCCAAGUCAAAAUAAAGUUACUAAACAGUGACAGUUGCUCCAAAGCCAUAGGCACUGUAAAACCAGUCGUGAAGGCUAAGGCUAAACACCUGAAUAUGGCCACAAGGAUCAGUGUUAACAAGAGUACAAGAGAUGCUAACCUGAGAAAGAAGCCGAAGAAGAGACUAGUACUAGGCAAGAAUAGUUUUCAGGAAUAUGCAGAUGUACAGAAAGUUAACCUUGAUAGGAGAUUGAUCAAAGAUGUACCCAAGAAUAAGAAUGAGACAAGAAGAGAGAUUAUAGAGACAGAUAGCUUGUCGAUCAGGAUGCCCAGUUUGAAUGAGAAGCAAGUAAAAUCAAAGAAUACUCAGCUUCAGGUUCAUAAUUCUAUGCUGAGCAAAGAGAUUGACUCUCAGAGCUGAUUCACUCCUAAUAGUCUCCAGUCAAAUACUCCUGGCCAGGAGUUUAACGAUACUAUGAAUAUUACGAUGAAAUAAAGUUAAGAGAAGGGAAUCUGCUGAGUCUGUUGAACCUAUGAAACCCUCCAACUUUGUCAACUCAAAGUUCAAAUUUGAAGAGCAUGUGAGUAGCAAGAAGAUCCCUAAAGUGCCAAUGGGGAGGAGUUCAACCAUAUUCAAUCACAUUGAGAAAAGCACUUCAGAUCUGAAUAUGAACAAGGAUGUUUCUGAGAUACACAAUGUCACUUCAGUUAAUGAAAAUAUUAAUGAAGAAUUAAAGGGAGAGACAACACAUUCCUUACUCAAGGAGGACAUUCUCAACCUAGAGCCAGAUGACACCUCUGUUGAUACAGAGUGCAUCCUUGGCUAUGAGAACCGGACCAUGAAUGAUGAGAGCUAUAGGAAAGUUAAGAACCAGAAUUUGCUAUCUCACAAAGAAAUCAAGGAACUAACUGUGUUCUUCCUGAAAUAAACCCGCCAAUAAGAUAUUGGAAAAAUUAAUAGAAAUGAAGAAGCAUGUGGAUAAGCUAGAGUACAAUGGAUAUGCAAGUGACAUCAAGACUUUGGAGCAGCUCAAGAAAUACGUCAGGACCAAAAUCAGAACCUCACAGGCGAUGAAAGCCGAAAGGAGGAAGACCAUCUUAAAAAGUAUAAUUUUAAUAUCCCAGAAGAUGGCUCUGAAUCGGAAGAUUAGCGUAAAUAAAUCAAAUUCAUCCUACUGGGAUCUUGACUAAGAAUAUU